AUGCCGCCGCCGACGCAGUUUGACCCAUGGCUCGCUAGUCGUCGUUUUGGAAUUGUAAUUGAUGCAGGAUCCUCUGGAUCUCGCAUUCAGCUGUACAGUUGGCGGGACGCGAGGAUUGUACAGACAGAACUCUCUCCAGCUGGCCUGGCGACAUUGCCAAUCGUCGAAACGGCGACAAAGGACCCUGAAGAUUCAAUACGCAAGAUUGAGCCAGGGCUCUCUACCUUUGGCACCGACCCAGAGGGAAUCUUUGAAUACCUGAAACCCCUCAUUCAGCACGCAAAAGCAGAAAUUCCUCCCCAUCUUCAUGCCGAGACUCCACUCUUCUUGCUCGCCACCGCUGGCAUGCGGCUUUUGCCCAAACCACAACAAGACGCGGUCCUACGCAAAGUCUGUCAGUACUUCCGAGACUAUACGACCUUUAAAGUUGAACGGACGAGCCCACUCGGACACUGUGGAUCGAGCGUCCGGAUAAUAUCUGGCGAAGAAGAGGGCUUAUUUGGAUGGAUAGCUGUGAACUAUCUAAUGGAAGCAUUCUCUAAUGGCUCAAAGGAUGCCAACACGUAUGGAUUUCUGGAUAUGGGCGGUGCAUCUACGCAGAUUGCCUUUGAGCCCAGAGACCAGACAUCCGACCUAACAAGGGUUCGUUUGAGACUUCUCAACGGCAAAGAUAUUACGCACAACGUCUUCGUCGCAACGUGGCUGGGUUAUGGUACCAACCAGGCCCGAGCACGCUACGUCGGAAAUCUGAUUGAUACCGUCGAAGAAAAGGAGGGACACCACGAUUCUAUAAUUCCGGAUCCAUGUCUUCCUCGAGACUUGAAGCGCGCAGAGUCCUCGACUCGAAACAAAGCCGCCAGUCCACAUUCGCAUAAAACCCACACUCUCGUUGGCACUGGGAACUUUACUCAGUGUCUUGAGCAAAGUGCUCCACUUCUCAACAAAAACGCUCCUUGCCAGGAUAUUCCAUGUCUGUUUGGAGGGAAGAAGACGCCGACGAUCGACUUCUCCGUUUCUCGCUUCGUCGGAGUCUCAGAGUACUGGUACUCAUCGGAACAGAUCUUCAAUUUGGGGGGCGCAUACAACUUUGUGCAGUACGAACAAGCCGCGACCAAGUUCUGCGGACAGGAGUGGCGUUCCAUCCUGGCACACCACGAGUGGACAAAGAAAAAGGGAAGGCUUGGUGGCGACGGAGAAAUUGAAGAGGACGGAAAAGUGGUCGGUCUCGGAGUUUGGGGCUCAACUGUCGAAACUCACCGACUGGAGCUGCAAUGUUUCAAGGCUGCCUGGAUUGUCAACAUUCUACAUGAAGGAUUUGGAAUGCCUCGUGUAGUUGAUCCGGGAGGAAACUCUACAGAUACCAGCGCGGUCAAUCAUGUCGACCACAGUGCUGAAGGAAAGGGGUUCAAGCGGCCACUUUUCCAGAGUGCCGAUAGUAUUGGGGAUACUGCCAUAACGUGGACCCUGGGCAAGAUGGUCAUCGAAGCGAGCAAAGAGAUUAAAUCUACGACAGGGGACGACACUCCCAUCAUGGAUCCAUUGCAGUCUCAACCCGACUUUGAUCGGAUGCCCACGUCACAAAGUGGUCUACUGGACUACUAUGGGAGAAAAUGGUCACAUCGACUUCCGACAUCACUACAGGGCGAAAUGAUGGGUGUCCCGAUCAUUGUGGUCCUCAUCUAUAUCGCUAUGCUCGCCAUUCUGGCAUUCAUCUACCUCAAACUGAAGAAACGACUGCGCAUGACGUUUCGACGCUUUCUUCGACAGACAGGUCUCCGGAUAGAGCGGGACGAUGCCAUGGAAAUGCAAUAUACAAAUGGCUCGUCAUAUUCACCCAUUUCUCCAGUCGCAGGCGGUAGUAUGGCAUUGUCACUGCGUCGCUUCGCAGCAUCCAUUAUGUCAGCACUACAACCAUCACAACGACAUCCCAGGCCGCCUUCAUAUUACCCAGAUGGGGAUCACUCUGAUGCCUACCCCCGUGCUAAUGGCACAGUUUCACGGAAUCCAAAUACUUUUUCUGAAGCUCGCUACUCGGAGUCCUCGAGGGGCUCUUCUCCUCCACGCUCUUUGACUGGUCGUCGGCCCGCUGACGAGAUUCGCGGUGCUAUACCGGCCAAGGCACUCUAUAAUAGUCUCUCUUCACUAACUCGAACUCAAAACUCUAGCUCGUCUCUUAGUUUGUAUCCCCGCUCCACAGCCUCGUCGUUACUUUCAAGAAGUGGGGCACAAACACCUGUAGGCGAUAGUUGA